AUGCUUUCCCGAGCGGCAAACGCUCCGCGCGUCUAUUGGGCCAACCGACUGGCCUCGUCUAUCUUGCGUGAGAGAACAACGCUAAGCCAUUUCUACGGCCGUGAAGAUUGGCUGCAGCAGCGAUGCUACAGCUCCGAUCCCAUCAUCCACAGCAAAGAAAGCGUGGAGGCGCUGAUAUCGGGGCGAAUAAGCACGAAAGAAUUCAACAAAUCGCUUCAAAAGGCAUCCAAGAAGCCGUCUCGAAGAGGGCCCUCUCGCCGCGGCAAGGGCGCAAGCAACAGACGCCGUAACAGGGACGAAGAGAUACCCGACUGGGGGCUUGCGGCAGCUCCAAACGAUGCGGUUGUCAAAAUAGAAGAAAAAGCACAAGUUGUGCAAGAGUUGAAGGGAAAAGAGGCUGCAGAAAAGGUCCCAGAGGCUCAACAAGAAGCUCAUGAAGAAGAAGAACCUCGAGAUGCGCUUGCAAAGGCGCUUGCUGAGGAGGCGGAUCGGUUGGAGCGAGCUGGAGCUGGAACAGAAGCUGAAGCACAAUAUGAAUCAAUUGCUUCAGAUUUUAUUCCCCUUUCCGAAUUUGGCCAAUUCAAACCAGAAGAAGGAGGGAUCAAGCCCAAACCAGGUUUCCAAGACGAACGCAUCCAGUCCAGGAGCGUCUCCGUUGCGGCUCUUGGGGAGCAGAUUGAGGCAAUCAUGUUGAAGAACCCCAACGAAAUGAAGAGACCAAAGAGGCCUGCGCGGAGGAUCCAGGACAAGGCACCGGAAGCCAAAGUAAAGCUCGAUGCCGAACGAGAUCUCAUGAUGGAGGAAGUCGAGGAGAACAACGAAGAGGCACUGGAAGCUGCGCUGAAGCACAUUGGCGACCUGCGGCCUGCCGAUCGGACAAUUCUUCCCUCCAAAGAUUUUGAUGCUCUGGCGAAUGCCCUGUUGGAUGGCUUCAAGUCCAGUCAACUCACCAGAUACUAUAACCGGGAACGCCUGACAGCACACAACCAAAGCUUGCAGAAGCCGCCUUCGUAUUCUUGGGUUGAUGACCAAAGCCGCUGGGAGCCCGCCAAACCCGACCACUGGGGGCCUCUUAGGCCUAAGCAGCGCCAGGUGAUUCUGAUUAUGCAAACCCUCUGGAAUCUCGAGGUCAAGGAGCAAGUCGAGGGCCUCGGCAGGACUCUUGUCUGGCUGGAGCCUCGCAUCUUCCAGCUGCUCGCUUCUCCCAAUAGCUCCAUCCUAGAGCAGGUCUCGAAAGACUACUUGUACGAAUCCAACAAGGAGAAGAUUACUGCAAGCUUCGAUGACUGCCGGAUCAACAUUUAUGCCCAAAAAUCGACUGUCCCCGUCAUUCUCUCCCAUCUUGAUGAGACUGUCAAAUCGAUUCGUCACCAGAAGGUUUCCUCUACUCACAUCGAAGAAAAUGACCUGGACGAGCAGCUACUCAAAGAGCUGGAACAAAUUACAAAGACAUGUAUCAAGUACAACAAGGGCGAUAAAGAGCUUGAAAUCUCAUGGCUUGAAAGUCAAACCCCAUCUUCAUUGCCCGAAAGCACCAAGAACAUAGAAACCCCGGCUGAUAUCGCUCUGCGGCUACUACUGGAGCAGCCGAGCAAAGACGACCAAAACAGCGUGCAUAUUAUAACGCCAUCAGAAGUUGACAAGGCCAGGGAUGGAUCUUUCAUUAGCCACCACAGAGAACGCAGGAGUAUGCGCUGGAAGGAUAAGCUGAAGCCGUGGUCUAGAUAUGUCCACCCCGUCGGUCAAAUCACCACCGCAACAGACAAUGUCUUGGAACACCUACUUGAGGCAGUCUCUUUACCCGCUUCGUCAAAUUCCAAAGCCAAGAAAGAAGCUGAAUCGGUAGUUACGACGGCAUCCUUUGGACAUGUCCUUCAUGGCAAGGGUUCCCGCACGGUUGCUACCAUGGCCAAACACCGCCGACUUCUCUCUCCAGUCCUCCCUCACCCUGCAUCGUUUACCACCAUUAUGGGCGAAGAUAAACCUCUGACACAGCGCACAACCAUCACCCUCAAUUUCUCUCCCGACCCCCAGCAUCAUUCCAAUGACACAAACUCAACGCUCCCCAGCGUCCAGCUGCAGCUACCUGUUGAUCCCGUCACCGACAUUGCCGACUCUUCCCUCCCUUCUGGUUCGACUCUCUUUGGCGUUGCCGCACAUUCCGUCAGCGACAUCCUACUGCCCAGCGAAAGCGUAGACAUUCGCCUGACGCAGCAGCGUCUCCUGCCGCUCGACGCGAGCCAAGAAUCCAUCAAAGAAUUCCUAUCUCACUGCGAGUUCGACCUCCCAAAAGGCAUACUGAGAACACCCAGCAAAAUCACAUUUUCAAUCCCCAAAGCAUGGGCCGCCGACCCAAAGGCAAAACGCAAGCCUUCCAAAACGGCCACCGUCAACGCCCCGUACAUUUUUAUGGGACUGGAGACGCACCAAAUCGCCGAGAUUGAGUUCCAUGGCCACACUCUACGCUACGAUGGCAUCGAUGCGGGUCGCCACGGUGGCCAGAGACAGGAGCUGUCUCUUCAAGCCGGUCCUCCUGUACGAGGAAGCGACGGAGAGCAAGACAAGACCCCUUUCGAGCUGAACGAAAAAGAAGCAUCUGCAUUCAUAUCUUUAGCCGGAGAGAUAGCCACAGGGAAGUAUUUCUCGUGGCACAACGGCUUUGAGUUGGUGAGAGAGCUUUCAGACGAGACACUUGGCUUUGAUGAGCUGGAGGUGCUUGAUGACGAAGUAAUCGAUCAACAGCCGUCGUCAUUAGAGGCUGAAUAUCCUGGGGAUGCCCAGAGCUCAGAAUCUGAGCUUUUGUCACCGCCUGAGCAGGAUAAAAGCUCCUCUACGAUGACUGAUCCAACAUCUGAAGGUGCAUCUUCCGCCUUCCAGAGCAGCACUACCAGUGAAUCGACGGAUACCUCUGAAGCUCUCAACAACCCUACCGAUACCAAAGACUCAUAAACUCCC